CCGCCUCGCGGCGGCCGCGGCAAAAGGGAGAUGGCUGAUCGCAGUGGCGGCGGCCCUGCCGAGGCGCCCAGCCCGCGGGGCUCCCCGGAGCAGGCGCCGCGGGUCCCGCGCGGGGUGGGACCGGGCGGCGGCGGCGGCGGGGAAACUCCGCGGACGGCGGCGCUGGCGCUGCGCUUCGACAAGCCCAUCAAGCAGGCCUUCUACAACACGGGAGCCGUGCUGUUCGUGUGCCUGUGCUGCGGCGCGGCCGUGCUGGUCUACUUCAUCCUCGAGGCCUUCCUGCGGCCGCUGCUGUGGGCCGUGCUGUGCGGCACCUUCCUGCACCCCUUCAAGAGCUCGCUGACGCGCCUGGGCCGCCACUGGCUGCAGCGGCUGCACCGCGCGCACACGCCCAUCGUGCUGGCCGCGCUGCUGCUGCCGCUCUGCUUCGCCGACUACGGGGUCGAGGCCCUGGGCGAGCAGGCGCUGCGCCGCCGCCGCCUGCUGCUGCUGCUGGGCGCCGGCGGCCCGCUGCUGUACGGCCUCUACUGCCUCGGCAGCUACCUGGGCGUGCAGGUGCUGCUGGCGCACGCGGGCGCGCUCAUCUGCCGCGGGCUGGACUACUUCAGCAGCCUGUGGAUCUGGACGUUAGUAGUUGGCUAUGUGUUGACUGUUUCAUUCAAGUGGAAUGCAAGCACUGAACGCUACUUGAGAGCAGUUUCAAUUCCUGUCUGGAUUCUAUUGCUUUUUCAUUUAGCAUCCCUGGCUGGCUCAUGGAGAAUUCCAGUUUUCCUGAUGAUUGUUUCCCUCAUGUCUGUGGGCACCCUCUAUGAAAAGCAGAAUGAAAAAGAGGCUUCUGGGGCAGAGUUACCAGGGCAAGUCAUCUCCAUGGCAGCUUCUACUCUAGCAAACUUGGCCAUCUCUAUCACAGGAUAUGAGUCAAGCAGUGAAGACCAGCUCUCCACUCAGCCUGCAGAAACCAUGGACAGUGGAGAGCCUCCUCCAACGUUGUCCUCCGCUUCCUCCCCUUCCCCAACCCUGGGCAGACCGAGGCCUGAAAUGGGAACGUUCCUUAGAAAGAAGAAAACAAGUGACAUCUACUUUGUGUGUCUCGUGUGGGCCAUCAUUGUUGUCCAGAUCUGGCUGAACCUGUGGAUUGUGCAGUUGCUACCAGUGCCUGUUGCAGUCUGGGUACUCAAAAAGCUUGUCAUUCACUUUGGAGUUGUGGACUUCCUGGAAAAACGCUGCCACGUAUGGUGGCGGGUUGUCGAGUGCUUCUUGAAGGAGCGACAGGAAGCCCUAGCACCAUGGCCAAUUAUUGGACUUGGAAAAUUCCUGCUAAAAGUUGAUAGCAAGAUGAUCAUCUGGUUGGAGAAGAUGUUAGAUAAAAUUAUUAGCAUUUUCAUCAUAUUUCUGUUAGUGAUAGGAACCCUUCUUCUAGCCCUACUCCUGACUGCAAAGGUGCAUCAAGAGAGCGUGCACAUGAUUGAAGUCACAAGUAAUUUGAUUAAUGAAACCCUAGCAAAUCACCCUGAGUGGGCAAAUUGGCUUCCCGAGGCACAGGUGGUCCAAAGGGCCCUGAAUUCUGCAGCUAACAACGUGUAUCAGUAUGGACGAGAAUGGAUAACCCACAAGCUUCAUAAAAUUCUAGGAGAUAAGAUGAACAACACUGCUGUAAUUGAAAAGCAAGUACUGGAACUUUGGGACAGACUGUAUCACUCUUGGUUUGUAAAGAACAUAACACAUUCUGGGAGGCACAAAGGGCACAAGCUGCACGUGAGUCGUCAGAACAGCUGGCUGGGGGACAUUCUGGACUGGCAGGAUAUUGCUUCCUUUGUUCACGAGAACAUCGAGACAUUUCUUUCGAUCCUGGAGUCUCUGUGGAUUGUUAUGAGCCGGAACGUGAGCCUGCUUUUCACCACGGUCACCACACUCCUGACCAUCCUCUUCUACAGCGGGACUGCCCUGCUCAAUUUCGUGCUCUCCCUGGUCAUUUUCCUGACCACACUGUUUUAUCUGUUAAGUUCCAGUGAUGAGUACUACAAGCCAGUGAAGUGGGUGAUAAGCCUGACGCCUCUCUCUCAGCCAGGCCCCUCGUCUAAUAUUAUUGGCCAGUCUGUGGAGGAAGCUAUCAGAGGGGUGUUUGAUGCCUCCCUCAAAAUGGCUGGCUUCUAUGGAUUGUACACCUGGCUGACUCACACUAUAUUUGGCAUCAAUAUUGUCUUCAUACCAUCAGCAUUAGCAGCAAUCCUUGGAGCAGUGCCCUUCCUGGGGACAUACUGGGCAGCAGUACCUGCAGUUCUUGACCUGUGGCUGACACAGGGGUUAGGAUGCAAGGCCAUUUUACUGUUGGUUUUUCAUCUCUUGCCAACCUACUUUGUAGACACUGCAAUCUAUUCUGAUAUCUCAGGAGGUGGCCACCCAUACCUGACGGGCUUGGCGGUGGCUGGUGGAGCCUACUAUCUGGGCUUGGAGGGAGCGAUCAUUGGGCCCAUCCUUCUCUGCAUCCUUGUGGUUGCCUCCAAUAUCUAUAGUGCCAUGCUGGUGAGUCCCACGAAUUCCAUGCCCACACCGAGCCAGACCCCGUGGCCUGCUCAGACCCAGCGGACUUUCCGUGAUAUUUCCGAAGAGCUGAAAUCUUCAACAGACUGACAUGGUUUGCACUGCAGUGAUUCUCUAGGAAGUUGCACCCUGACAGUGAGUUCUGCUCGGCCCUGGCCUUCUCUGUCAGAUGUGCCUCACAAGCAAGGGCGCUGGAAGCAGCAGAAGCCUCCCGGCCUUGCGCACAGAAUGCCUGGACAAGAGAGAACUUGCUGUGGGCUGCUCUGCAUUUUAAAGCACGGCUUGAGAGUUCAGAAAUGUGGUUUGCUCUCCUCACUGUUGCUAAAUGGCUUGAAAAGUUUCAGUUUAUACACUGGUACUAUGGCUUGAAGUUUUCCCACUUUGGUUAUCUGUAUGAUUGUAAUAGGUAUUUAUAAAGUGAUUUUAAGAACUCUGAACUACCUGCUGUUAAAAAUAUAUACAAUGGAGUUUUCUCUCGCUUUAAGAAAUCUAUUCUUAAACUUUUCUAUAACAGCCACUUUUCAAUGAAGAGAAUUUUCACUUUUCAGUUCCUCCCUUCUUGCACAAUGUAUCAUCCUUUCUUUAGGGUGAGGUAGCUUACUGAUGUUCCAGGUGUAUGUUGUACCCACAGGAGACACAGAAAGACAGGGAAACUCUUCUUCCUUUCUCCUCCCUCCUUUCCCAUUACACUAUUGCCAAAAUUUCAAAACUUGGAUGACCACAUUGAAGUAAAAUUCUCAUUAAGCUGCUAUGAAUGGUAACAAUAUGAUAGAAUUCAUGCUGUCUUUAAGUGUUUUCUUUCCAAAUGUUAAAAACUCUCAGGUGUAGCAGUACUUUGAUUUGUUAAUUGUAUCUCAUUAUCAUUAUUUGGAACUCUGCCAAAUAGUUACCUAUUAGCAGUAGAAUUUUAUAUUUAUGCAGUAUUUUUCCAUCACUUAGCACAGUGCCUUGCACAUACAACUCUAAAUGAAUGCUUAUUGAAUUGAAUUGUAGCUUUGAAAAUGUCUCAGAUAUAACAAUAACCAGCACAGUGCUUUACAUUUUAUAAAGUCCUUUUGCACAUAUUAUUUCACAAACACUUCACAUCAGCUUUCAUGUGGCUUUAAAUUAUUUUACAACAGUUUCACACUAAGGGGUAAGCUAAGCCUCAGAAAGUGACCAAAGCAAAUUCAUGAAGUUUAAUAAGAUUUAGAUUUUUCUGACUCCACAGCCUGCAAACUUUGUUCUCCUAUGUCUUAUGCAGUUUUCCCAAUGGCAUGAGAUAGAAUUGGUUAUGAAUGAGCACUUGUCCUGCAGUAAAUCACAGAGCUGGGAUUAGAAUCCAGCUCGGCUCUUAGUUCUGUGCCCUUUGUACUGUUGGAAACAAUCAUCAGGCCCUUCUGUUCUUAAGGAAUUUUGGAGGAGCAGGGGUUCCUAAGUGUUGAAGACUUUGUGUUUUUUUUUUUUUUUUUUUGUAAACAUUACAAAUACAAAUAAUUGUUUUCUUAAAUACCUUCUGACUAGGAAGUUAAUAGUAAUUAGCUUAAUAAUUAGGUUACAUGUGUUCCUAUACUAAAGAAAAAACUCCAUUUUGCAAAGAUCGUCAUGGGGGUAUUUUGACUGUUAUGCAAUAGAGCACAUGCCGAUCUCUUAUUUUUACUAUGACUCUUCCAGCAUGUGUAAUCUGUUCCUCCAGGUAUUAGAUUUGGCACCCAAGUGACCCAUGCCCCUCUUAGCUCAGUUCCUCAGUCACUGAUUCAUUCACUGAAACACUUCUUGGGAGUUUGUAAACUCCAGAGACAGUGCAGGGCACUUAGAAGAGAACUCAGAAGGCCUUUCUCACCUUAAGUCUUAGCUGGAUCAUGUGUAAUUCUGUAUUAAAAAUACUUGCGUUGGGUAAAAAAAAAAAAAAAUCAAGGUCCUGUUUGUUAAUUAUAUACUGGUACCUUUAUAGCUGUAAUUAGCACAUGUUUAUAAGAGUUAAGUAUUAUGCUCACAAUGAAUUAGUGGGCACAUACAAAUUAUGUUCCUCCAAAGUGUGUUUAGCUAUGUAAACUGAGACUGCAAGAAUCCCAGCUUGAGCUAAUGUGUGGCUGUUGCUGGGAUAAUUAUUAGUAAGAGUACUAGGUUCUUGGAGGGGAACUCUGAGCGCCGAGAGAAUAGAGUAGAGCUGCCAAAAUUACCAGCAGUAAUGUGACAUCACCCUGAACUCUCAGGAGCAGAGCUGCCCCAGGGUGCUACCUAGUCCUCUUCCGGAAGCAUGAACUCUCCCUUGGGACAGCAACAGCGUGAGGACUAGGAAGGCCCACCAGCUCGAGGGAUCCUCCCGGGGGCCCUCAGAACCAGAGAGAAGCAGCCCAGGACACCCCUUCAAACUUGGUGAGGAGAUUUUACAGAAUUUCCACAGGGCAGACAGACCAGCUGGUAGGAAAAGCUGAGAGACUAAAGCUCAAGAUAACCUCCCCUGAGUCUCAGUCAGAACUCAGCUCUGAAAGAGUCCCUAAGAACAGACAAAAGCACUGAUUAGCUGCAGUAGAAAAUGAGUACAGAUCGCUUUUCCCAAUAUCUUGCACUUUGUGGAUUUCCUUUAGAUUAGUUUCAAGUUCACAUUUACCGUUUGGUUGUAAACUGAGAGGGUUGGGGGUAGGAGACGCAAGGUCUCCACUAGGCAUGCAUGGGAUUUUUCAACGUAAACUCCAUGUCAUGUGAGUCCUGUAUGAGUUCCAGAAUUCCUGUCACACACUGUGUUCCUGGAAGUGAUCUCUGGGGCUGCCUCAGAUGCCAGCCUUAUUGUGAAAGCCGUGAGGCUUGCUAAUGCCCUCUCCCCUGAAAGGCGGUGAGCUGGUGGAGUUUUCCCUUGGCUUCUGAGACCUGUGUGGGUUGACCCUUGGCAGUGGGAGGAUACCUAAGACAUGCUACAUGGAGAUCCUGUAUUUAAGCAACUGUGCAGCCUUUGGAAAUAGCAGCUAUUCCAGCUGAAGGCCUGUUAAACAGCUGGUCCAUGAGGUCUUCUGGCUAGCCCAUUGUGACCUCCAGGACUUCCAAGUACCUCUAGUUGUUUUAAUGCUUCAGGAAUUUGUCAAGAAAUACUCAGAAAUCCAGGCCUCGGGUAUUAGAUUAGAGCAGAGUAGCUUAUGUGUGUUAUCCAGAGUUUAUAGGGAAAAACCCCUUAGGAUUGUCCAUAUCCUGGUCCUGAUCUUGCAGGCUCUUCUGGAGGGUCUCCCAGAUACCCCUGCGAGAGUAUUAACGCAAUAGGACUCUGAGGGCACAUUCCACAGUGGAAGUAACCUCUGGCAGCAUACUCCCAAAUGCGAAUUUCAGCAAAGAACAAAUACUUUAUCAGUUUCUCAUCUUUACACAUUGUACUAUCAAAAUAGAUUUCAUUUUAUUAACUUAUUAAUGAGAACCUGUAGAAGAUAGAGUGUCUGAAGCCACUGAGCAGUUAUUUUUUGAUAGUUUAGAAAUAACAAACUUCUAAAUCAAGAUGUUCCUUCUGUCUACUGGGGUCACAGAACUUCUGUACCAGACUGGGCUGCUUUAUAAUUAAGAGAGCCUAUCAUUUUCUAGAGAAGGAAACAAAUUCGUAGGUUCUAGUGGCUUGUCUGACACACAGCCAGUUAGUAACAGAAUUCAGAGUAGAGUGCAGGUCUUUCCUCUCUUGGCUGGCUGUUCCACUUCUCUUUACUUUUCCUCACAAUCGAGCAGCUUUUGGCAAAAUGUGUUUCUUACAGCAGUAGUUCUAAGAAAUGUUCAUAGAUGUAAGAGGAAAUAGUGUGUGUGGGGGCGGGCAGGGAUUUCAUGGUAAAAUUGCAGAAUGCUGGGUUUGUUUCUGUAGCACUUCUAGGAGUUUCUGACUUGCUGUUAUACCUGGAGAAUUUUUAAGAGGGGACAAAGACUUUGUUGAUUUAGAUGGGUGCCCCUCCUCCUCCUUUUCUCAGAGCAUCUCAAAAUGCUACAGGUCCUCUGGGAAACCUGGCUGUUCAUCAGGUUUACAGCUCUCUUAGAAGACAUCCCUACAGAGUUUCGUAAGAUACUAGGAAGUAUGUUUCCUGUUCAGAACUACACUUUAAAAAGUAGAGAGAUUGUUUUCCAGCUCUGGUGUGUAAAGUCAGUAGUUGUGUUUAGUUUUGCAAGUUUCUCAAGGAAGCUUGGUGUGCAGAUACAGUGGUGAUACAUUGACACCACAUUUUGGUAAUGCUUUUGUAUGGCACUUUAUACUUUUCAGACUUUUUUUGGCGACAACCCUGUGUGAUAGGCAGUAUUAUUCUCAUCGUACAGAUGAGGCACUGGAGGCUCUGAAAGUGUAUUUUUGUGAUUUUUUUUUUCCUCCCAAAUUUAUACAACAAAAUGAUGGGGCCAGAAUUUGCAGAACUUCUGACUCCAGGUCCAAAGUUCUUUGCUCCUCACUUGGCUUCUUAUUAUCUAACUGUGUUUUUCAAAGGCAUGGAAGCAAAUCUUAGAGGAACAUCAUCUUGGCUUAUUACCAAACAUCAUUUUUUUUUUUCAGUAGUCCAGUGACCCAGAAAGUGUAACUCUUGUUGUAACUGUCCCAAAGAAAACUCUUCUUUGUCCUUUGCAGUGGCACUUGAUUAGGUGAUUGGCAUGUAUUCCAAAUACUUUGAUUUUAAACCAAAAUUGGAUAUGCCCUUGUAAUUGCUUAUGUACCUCUUUGAAAAUCUAUCGACUCUAUAUACUCAGGCAAAGAAGACAUGGUUUAAAAAUGAAAAAGAAUAUUCCAAUACAACCAUAAAUAUUCCUACACAGAAUACUGUUUCUUAGCUUUAACUUGCUUUGACAACCUACUAAUAUAACUUCUUUGUAAAUGUAAAGUAUUUAUAUUUUGAAAUAAAAUUACUGGUGUCGAA